GUGCGCAGGGGAUCUUCUUCAGAGCGGCGCGAGCGCUCUUCCCCUUCUCCUCCGGGCUGUGGCGCGCGCGCGAGAGAAGAGGUCCUGGCGGCGCGGGCGUCGCUUCUGCUGCUGGUGGAAUUCAUUUCCAGGCAGGAGAAGGACGGAGAGGGUUGGGAAGGGCUCUGGUAGGCCUCUUCUUUGCUCCCUCCCCGGAAGUGCUUCUCCCAGGUAUUUCAAAACAGUGCUAUAACUCUGGAAGAAGUGAUGUAGACAGCGUUUUCAGUUCAGAGGGAGGCAUAUGAUCUUGAAACAGAUUUGUUCAUUCAAUGCCUAACGUUGCAGACUCUCAACUAGAGAGUGCUCCUGGAGAAAAUGGACCUGAAACCAAGGCUUCAGAAGUUAAUCUUCAUGAGACUGUAAAGCAGUUUUGUGCGGCAGGUGCCUCUGUUUCCUCUCUGGGACCCAGAGGGGACAGGCAUUACCCAUGGAGCUGUCCUGUGACUCACACCCGAGAAAAGUUUUACACUGUCUGCUCAGACUAUGCUUUCUUAAACCAGGUGACAUCCAUUCGCAAAAGCCCAAGUGCUACAGUUAGUGCCUGCUUACAAGACAAUACUGCCUUAAGUGCUGGGAACAAUUCUGGUUUCAUUGGUGUUCGAACUGGCACAUCAGACAUAGUUUACAAUGAAGAUGCUAACUUGGAAAGUCUGGCCAGUAGCCUGGGAAAACUCCCACUGGCAUGGGAAAUUGAUAAGUCUGAAUUCAGUGAUUCAUCCCCCGAUCUGAAGAAUCAAGCAGGUCACAUGAAGAAGCAAGGAAGCAAGAAAAUGUCUGCAGAUAAAAAGAGUAAACAAUUCAGAGAAUAUCCACAACAUUAUGCCCUUGAAGAUGUUAAACAACGCAAAGUGUUAGACCUCCGGAGAUGGUACUGUAUAAGUCGGCCACAGUAUAAGACUUCCUGUGGGAUUUCUUCUUUAGUUUCUUGCUGGAAUUUCCUAUAUAGCACAAUGGGAACUGGAAAUUUACCACCUAUUACCCAAGAAGAGGCAUUGCACAUAUUGGGCUUUCAACCUCCAUUUGAAGAAAUUCGAUUUGGUCCCUUUACUGGAAAUACUACAUUAAUGAGAUGGUUCAGGCAAAUCAAUGAUCACUUCCAUGUAAAAGGAUGUUCAUACUUUCUCUAUAAACCUCAUGGGAAGUACAAGACUGCUGGUGAAAGCGCUUCAGGAGCAUUGGCAAAACUAACACAAGGACUGCGAGAUGACUCGAUAGCCUACAUUUAUCAUUGCCAAAAUCACUAUUUUUGUCCAAUUGGAUUUGAAGCAACCCCAAUCAAAGCUAGCAAGGCAUACAAAGGGCGCCUCUUACAGCAAGAAGUGGAACAUUGGAUACUCAUUGGAGAACCUAGCAGAAAGCACCCCACAAUACAUUGCAAAAAGUGGGCAGACAUUGUCACAGACCUAAAUACUCAAAAUCCAGAGUAUCUAGAUAUUAGACACUUGGAAAGAGGUAUUCAGUAUCGGAAGACAAAGAAGAUAGGAGGAAACCUGCAUUGCAUCAUUGCUCUUCAGAGGCUUCACUGGCAGAGGUUUGGCCCCUGGAACUUUCCGUUUAGAAAUGGCAAGCAAGACUUGCAACCGCACUCUCAGACGCAAGGCAUUGCCAAAUCUGAGAGUGAAGACAAUAUCUCUAAGAAGCCGCACGGUCGCCUGGGUAGAUCUUACAGUGCUAGUUUCCACCAGGAGUCAGUCUGGAAGAAAUUGUCUCAUCUUCAUGAAAGGAGGAACAGUGGCUUUCACAGUUACACAGAUUAUGAUGCAAAUGACUGACAGAAAAGUCUGUAGCACCUGCUGUACUGUAGAUAUCUAAGAAAUGGGAAAUGUUAUUACACAAAGAGUAGGGCAUAGAUAGAAAUGUCAGUACAAAGUGGAAUGUUGGUUGCAUUGAAUAUGUGGAUAGUUAUGUUGGGGAUAAUGAGAGAUGUUAGCUCAGAUAUAAGCACACAAUAUUGCACACUUACAAUCCAGUAUAAUUGGCAAUUGACCUGUGUUUCUUAUAAUGUGAAACCAGGGGUGGGCGGGAACAUACAAAAAGAAGAAAUAGAUAACACAUGAGAUAAAGCAUGAGAGUUUUUCACUUUCUAAAAGCAUUUCUGAAAUAGAAUGGUCUUAAAGGUAGAAAGUAUAUUUGUUUUUAAAGAUUUUCAAAAUGCAAUAAAGGACAGUCCAGUUCAAAACUUACAAAACACCAAAUGCUAAAAGCAUGUAUAAAUAAUGAUUUCAGUUUGUCAACUUGAACAUUGUUCUGUACAACUUAUAUUAAUUGAAGACCUUUGUUGGCAGUUGUAAGUGGCAAGAAUAUAUAGCAAGCCCUGUAAAGCUGCGGUACCUGCUUGCUCCUUUUUAUGGGGAGGCAGAAAAACAUUCCACUGCCAAGUGUCUACUCCUCCAGCACCUUUCUGUGUAGUCUCAAGUAAUUCACAUUUUAAAUGCUGCUUUUAAACAAUAACUCAGUUUAUUUGGCAACUCAGUGACCUUAUACACAAUCACAUUGGGCUGCCUCUGCAUUUUUAUUCCUCUUGUGCUUUCCAGAUCCUUUCCACGUUAUCCUUUAACUGUUUCAUUGUUAAUAAGGGAGAUGCUUUAAGUGCCGAACACACUGGCAGCCGCAGUAAUAUACCUCUUUGGCCAGAACACUGUUUGUAUUUUUUCAGGUGAUUAUGUCAAGUAGCUUUAUUUGAAAUUAUGAUAUGUUCUCAUUAAAAAACAAUAAAAAGUAUUGUCUUGUAA